GAGGGAACGGACGACUUUUGAAAUUUGUGGGUCAAUUGUAGUUUCAGAAGUUUUGGGGUUAUUGGUGGAAUUCCGAAACUUGUGGGCCUGUAGGCUAUUUUUCCUUUUUUUUUUCCAUACGAGAAAAAAGAACCCGAAGGUUUCGUUGGUUUCGUUUCCCUUCGACGAGAGGAAUCGCCGCCGUUCCCCCUUUCUUCCCUCCGAUCCUCGUCGCCGGUGUUUCUCUUUCUAAGCAUCUAUAUCCGGAGAUCGAUUCCUUCCUGUAUAUCUCUUCCUCAUCUUUAGAUCUCCGCCGGUUGAUUCACGGCGUGGUGGCACUUCCCCUUAGGGUUUUGGGUUUUUCUCUCGCGUUUCUGUGAAUGAAUUCGUGUUAAAUCAAGACCUGAUUCUGCUGGGAUAUGGACGCUAGGGUGAGGUCGAUGUGGGAUGAGAUGCGAAAAGGCGUGUCUGAUCGAAGUAUCAAGCAGGCUUGUGAGAGAUACGCUUCGACUGUCAAUAAAUUCUCCGAGACUCGAUCUAAUAAGUGGGUGUUGUAUCUAGGACUACAGAGGAAGAGGAAAUCUCCUGGAGACAUUGACAAUGGCGGAUGCACUGUGUCCAAGAAGGUUGCCGAAAUCUGGGAGCAAAUGAACGAGGGUCUUCCAGACAAGCGGCUCAAUUUUCUCUUGGAGAGCCCUUCUGCUUCAUCCAUUCAAGAUGCAUCAGCUUCUGCGAAUCUCUCUGAUAAUUGGAAAAUGUAUCUGGGCGUGGAGACAAAGAAAGCAGAUGCCAGAGCUUUAGAUGUGCAAAGGGAUGACAGUGUCGCGGAUAAUGUUUUUACUGAGGAGGCCAAGAGAAUUGCUGCAGCUGCUCUUGCAGCUGUUAAGAACGCCUCGGCUGUAGCUGCUUCAAGCGGCGGCAAAGUUGAGAUAACUGAAGUCCGGGACUUUGCGGGUCAAGAUAUAGAAAUCAAGAGGCUGGUCGAUGCGGAUUCAAAGGAAGCAUCCGAGAAGGGGAAAUCCUCAGCGCCAUCUGCAGUAGACGCAUUGCUCGAACAGAUAAAGAAGAAGCAGAAGCUGAGUGUGCUGGAUAAGACGAAGAAAGACUGGGGAGAGUUCAAGGACGAGAACAAAGGGCUGGAGGAUGAGCUGGACGCAUACAAGAAGAGCUCUAACCAGUACCUCGACAGAGUCUCCUUCUUGGAGAGAGCUGAUUACCGACAGUUUGAGAAGGAGAGAGAUGCCCGUCUCGCUCUUCAGUCCAAGCGACGGCCUGACACGCGCGACGAUCUCUGAGUCUUUUCCCUGUGUCCUGUUCUGUCUUCUACAAUGUGCUGAAGACUUUGCCAGAAAAAAAAUGCUGUAAAGAGAUUUUUUAUAUAUUUCAGCAGAUUUCAUCUUUAA